AUGAGAACCUUUAAUUCGCUGUGUUUUGUACACAGACAUACUGUUUUGUUCAAAACUUCUGCUUUCACCUCUGCGAAUCAUGUACCAGUACGAUACUCUUCCCUCUCCGCGAUUCACCGGGGUUUGCGCAAUUCCGAAAAGUCGCGGCCUCAAGGCUUCACUCGUGGAGCGCUAGAAUCUGCAAAGUCCACCAGAGCAAAGCGACCUCCUUCCCGCGUUCGAAGGGACCCUGAUUGGACACCCACGGGCUUCAAGAUCAAGAAGGGCAAACGGGACAUCACUGACCAGGGCCCCCAACCGAAAUCACGAAGCGGAAGAUUCAAUGAUCCGACCGAAAGCUUCGGAAAGAAGAGUCUUGUCUAUCAAGUCAAACAUGGGCGUCUACGGGAGCAGCUGGACGCUCUAGGUGGCAAAGCGCCCAAGGUCUCCUCACACGACAGCUUCGAAAGCAAGUUUGCCAGCAAGUUCGGUGAUGACUUUGCCGAAGCCAAGUCUAGCCGCAAAGAUGAUUUCCGCCGUUCGAGCUCCUCCAGACCCAAAGCGGUGGAUCCACGACUCGAUUACAAGAAUGAGAGGUCCGGAAAGCCAUUCCCACGCAAGGAUGGCGCAACUGGAGGCAGAUCUCCUGGCUUUGCUAGACUGGGCGAUCGGAGUACUGGCAGAUUUUCCGAUAAUGGAUCGCGCAGGCAGGACGACAGGAGUACUGGCAGAUUUGCCGAUAAUGUAUCGCGCAGGCAAGACGACAGGAGUACUGGCAGAUUUGCCGAUAAUGGAUCGCGUAGGGAGGACGACAGGCCCCCACGCACAUUUGAAAGCCGGAGCACAAGUUUCAGCGACCGACGAAAUGAUGAUGCGAGCCCACAAAGAAGUGGUUCGGCUAGGGAUGACCUACCCAUACGUAUACACUACACUACUGCCGCAUCGCAAUUCCUAUACGGUCGCUCCGUGGUCGAAGCCGCCUUAAGAGCGUCGCGGAGGAAACUGUAUCAUCUUUAUCUCUACGCUGGUAGAGACCGCCAGAACCUCGUGCAGGAUGCAACACUGGAGAAGCUGGCGAACCAACUCGAUGUUCCGGUCACAAAGAUUCUUGACAAUGAUGGGCUGAGGAUGAUGGACAAGAUGAGCGGCGGACGCCCACACAACGGUUGUGUUCUUGAAGCCUCUCCGACACCGCAAGUACCUCUGAAGUCCCUCGGCGGAUUAUCAGAAGACACUUCCAAUCGUAGCUUCAAGGUCGAGUUGGCCUAUCAAUCAGCCGAGGAUGCAGCUAUCAAUGGGUCCCCUGAAGAGAUUCAAUACCAUGCCAAGGGAAAUAGGAAGCCCUUCUUCCUCCUACUUGAUGGCAUUCUUGACCCUGGCAACCUCGGAGCUAUUCUCCGCACAGCUGCCUUCCUUGGUGUUACUGGUGUUGUCAUCAGCAAACAUGGAUCUUCAGGGUUGACGCCCGUCUCUCUCAAGGCAUCAUCUGGUGCAUCGGAAGUGCUACAACUGUAUUCUACGGCCUCAACUUUGGAUUUCAUCGAGCGCUCCAAGGACAACGGCUGGAUGGUAUACGCUUCCGUGGCUGCUGGCCCACGAUCGAGGGGCAACGCGCACCUCACCAUUGACAAGAUAGAAACGUACGAUCCUCUCUCAGAGCAACCUACAAUAUUAGUCAUUGGCAGCGAGGGCGAAGGUCUCGAAAAGAAAAUCAAGAGACUUGCCGAUUUUGAAGUUUCCAUUCCUGGACAGUCCGGAUUGUUGAGCACCAUUGACAGUUUGAAUGUCAGUGUUGCGACUGGCAUCAUGUGCUCAGCAUUCUUGAAGAAGAGCCACAGCUUUGAGAUUGAAGAAACAGUGGACAAUAUUAAAGAGAAGGAGGGAGAAACUACACUCUGGUGA